AUGGACUAUGACGAUACUGUCCCGCCGGCAAUCCGCCGCUCUCCCAGAGCUGCACUGGAGGUACAAAAGCUUGUGCAGCAGCGUCGGUAUGACUACGAUGAUUCCGACCAAGAUGAAGAUGAAGAUUCCGACGAGGCAAUCCCACCCCCAAUCGCUCGGAGUCGCUCAGCUUCACUGGAUCGUGAGCAAUCAAAUCGUGCAUCCUCAUCAAACAUAAACCCACUCCGAUCCCACCCAGUGAAUCAACACAAGAAGUUCUCUCGCCCCUUCGAACAGCUGCAACAAGCUUUCUCACUUGGCCCACCUCCUUCGAUUCCACCACCAAGUCUUCAUCGACGUCCACGCGGGCUCAUGUCCUACCGUGACAACAAGAAACUUCCUCUACACUUGCGUCGACAGACCUCUCUUGAGACUAUAAAUUCGGUAACAACAACUGGGUCUACGACACCAAGCGAGCAUUUUCUGGAUCCACCUGAGACUGAAGCCUUUUCUCCGGAUUACUUUACUCCAGAGGACGACCCACCUGUCACGCCAUCUUCAACUAGCGUAACCUCCAAGCCCUCCUCAACCUACUCGUGGAAUGAAAGUGCAAGGCAGUCCCCUAUACCAGCAUCAACACCUCUGGACUUUGCAAGCCUCGAAAAUCAUUCAGCUACCUCCCUGUUCCGAAAGUUGAUGCCUCGCAAGACAGAAGAACCAGUUCGAUCACCUAACCGGCUAGUCAUAGAACGGACAAUCUCGUUUGAUCGAGCUUCAUAUCAAUCCAGUGUACCAAGACCAACUACCUCCGUGCAGCCAGAGCGCCCUCUUGACUCGGGAUUCUUUGACGUCGAGCGAAGCCAAUCAGGAUCGAGCAGCGAGUGGAGUGCCAGCAGCUUCGACACCAGCAAUCUUACCGGGGCAGAGAUUAAGAAGUGCAGGAAGAAAGGCAUCAAUCCAGCCCUCUAUGCCGAGAUGAGAGCUGCGAGGAAAGGAAAGUGGACUAGCCCGAUUGCUGGAAAUACAUUUCUAUGA